UUGUCCCAAUGACCAUCCUUAUCGCUAUCUACCUUUAGUCGUACUUUUUGCAUAAACUCUCAGAGAUGCACGUGAUGGCCAUGAACACAUCGCACGUUCUUGACCAAUUGGAGUUUUCUUAUUGCCUUCCCUCCCUCAGUGUGGCAAAUUGAUCUCAAUUAGUGCAUCAUUUUCUGUCCCCACUGACCAAUGCGAUCGAGUGAUUGUGUCAUUGGACUUGCUUCAUAUGAACUGCUAACUUUUUCCCAAAGCCAAGCAUGGAUUUGCCUCGAGUAACCAAAAUGGUUGUUUGUCCUUUCACGAUUUAUGAUCAGUGCAAGCAGUCUCACUAACUAACUAACUGUCUUUUGCCUCUAUCCAUUAGAUGAACUCGGGGAAGGUCAGCUUGGUCGGUGGUAAAGAUGAAGGAUUUAUUUAUCGUUGAAAAGGUUAGAGACCUUGAGAGGCCUCGUACGAAACAUGCUCACAAGACAAUUGGAAACGAGGAUAACCCUCAGGCAAGACACACGUAAACGCCACAACCCCUACUUUCUUUCAUCUUUGGGACAACAGACUAUUGUCGCCUGUCAUGACUUGCGCGCCCAAUCGAAGAGGUAUUCUGUAGGCUAAACAUGCCAAAGGAAAAGAUCUUCAAAGGAGUAUGUCAAUCUGUCUCCUUAGACCUCUUCUGAUCACGACUCAGUGACAAUCUCUUGGCCAAGUGGAACGUGUACAGUACUCCUUGUAUGUAGGUCCACCAUUGUAGGCGGCAUACAUCUCUUGCUUUAGAGGUCUACAUGUACUCUGGAAUUCGAGCAUGGUUGUGUUCAAGGAGCACGACCGUCCAAGUUGGAGUGCUAUCUGCCAAAGGUCUACGCGCUAAGGACUUGAAGAGUGCUUUAGGCACAAGAAAGACACUUGCCAGGUGAAAUCGAGAGCAAUUAGUCGAGUGUGACAUGAUGAUGUCCUGUUCGGAAUUUGUCUGCCGUAUAUGCCAACCACCGGGACGACGACAAAGAUCAACAGUUUAUCUCAAGAUCAUCCCGCGACGAUCUUAAACGUACUCAGUAGCUCUCAGGGCUUCAAAGUGAACACAAUUCUCUCACAAUCCCAGCAACUCGCUCUUUUGAUCAUGAAAGUUGUCGGUGUGGUGUUGGUGAUCCUAGCCCAAGUGGUUUACUUGUGUCACUCCAUGGCUUGGCAACCUCAUCAACAUCCUCUGUUAAGUCACAUUCAGCCUAUCAAAUUACAAAAGGAUCGGACCGAGGAGCUUCGAAGGGACAAGAGCCUUCGAUUUGUCGAUUGGUUUGAGGCUUCGGGGCCAGACGCUUCUUGCGAGAUUCCAGCGGGAGUCCUAGAUAGUAGUAUUCUUCAGGAUGGAGAUGAAAAGGACCUCCCGGAUAUCAAUGAAGGUGGAGUUCAAAGUAAAAUGAGCCGGAUUGAUGUGUGUCGUAAGGCAUCUCCAGGCGAUGAGAAGUGCAUUUGCGCUCGAAAACCUUUCUCUCGCAAAGAAUAUAAAUUGGAAUGUGGAGUUUGCUCGGAUCCUUGCGCUUUAGAAUUCAUUCCCAGGGAUGAAACCAAGAGAUCUUCCAUGAAACAGAUGAUGACUGAGGAUUUAAAACAACUGUUGAUGGAGAGCUUCUUUCAAGAGGUCCUGAAUACUCGGCGGAAAAAGUAAUCGAUUUUAGGAUGUUGUAUUUGGACAAAAACUGUGAUUGUUAAAUUUCUUGCUUAUUGUCUGUUUAGUAUUUUUAUUGUAUCAAUAAAACGCCACUUUGUCUUUGA